CACGCUUGCAACUAGGCAGACGUCCCAUGCCCCAGUCCCAGACGCAGCCCUCCGGAGUCUCCGGCUUCCAGGGAGCAGUCGCACGGCGUGGGAGACCCGCGCCAGUUCCCGGGGCCGCCCAGUUCCCUGCGAGUCCUGGAACGCUCGAAGCCAGUUCCCGGCCCAGAGUUACGGGGUUAGGUUGGAGGAUGUAGGAGAGGUGGGGCAGUGGGCAAACCUGCCUCAGUGGGUGCCUCUUCGGCCCGCUCCUUUACAUGCAUCGAGGUAGUCCCUGGGACCAUCCCUGCAGGGGAGGCUUGCCAGCUGACCGCUGCCUACCUCGGGCUGGGGGAGGCUGCGGCAGAGACGGCGGGGUAGGGAUGCUGGGUCCGGUACUCCUCGUGUCUGCUAGUGGGGAGGAUUGCCGGGUCCAGCGCCUGGAAUGAGAGCGCUUGGAGAUCGGGAAAGAACUCCAGUUAGGGUGGGACGAGACUCGCCUGACUCCGGGGAAUGACUCUCUGCUUCCUUCCUCCUGUUGUGUCACUGCAGCCUCGGAUUUGGACCUCAGAGGAGGGCAGCAAGUCUGCCGGGGAGGGACACAGAGGCCUUGUUAUAAAGUCAUUUACUUCCAUGAUACUUCUCGAAGACUGAACUUUGAGGAAGCCAAAGAAGCCUGCAGGAGGGAUGGAGGCCAGCUAGUCAGCAUUGAGUCUGAGGAUGAACAGAAACUGAUAGAAAAGUUCAUUGAAAACCUCAUGGCAUCUGAUGGUGACUUCUGGAUUGGGCUCAGGAGGCGUGAGGAGAAACAAAGCAAUAGCACAGCCUGCCAGGACCUUUAUGCUUGGACUGAUGGCAGCACAUCACAAUUUAGGAACUGGUAUGUGGAUGAGCCGUCUUGCGGCAGCGAGGUCUGCGUGGUCAUGUACCAUCAGCCAUCAGCACCCGCCGGUAUCGGAGGCCCCUACAUGUUCCAGUGGAAUGAUGACCGAUGCAACAUGAAGAACAAUUUCAUUUGCAAAUAUUCUGAUGAGAAACCAAUAGUUCCUUCUACAGAGCCUGAAGGUGAGGCAACAGAGCUGACAACACUUGUACUUCUAGGAGAAACACAGGAAGAAGAUGCCAAAAAAACAUUUAAAGAAAGUAGAGAAGCUGCCUGGAAUCUCGCCUCUAUCCUAAUCCCCGGCAUUCCCCUUCUCCUCCUCCUUGUGGUCACCACAGUUGUGUGUUGGGUUUGGAUCUGUAGAAGAAGAAAACGAGAGCAACCAGACCCUAGCACAAAGAAGCAACACACCAUCUGGCCCUCUCCUCACCAAGAGAAUAGCCCGGACCUAGAGGUCUACAAUGUCAUAAGAAAACAAAGCGAAGCUGACUUGGCUGAGACCCGGCCAGACCUGAAGAAUAUUUCAUUCCGAGUGUGUUCGGGAGAAGCUACUCCCGAUGCCGUGUCUUGUGACUAUGACAACAUGGCUGUGAACCCAUCAGAAAGUGGGUUUGUGACUCUGGUGAGCGUGGAGAGUGGAUUUGUGACCAAUGACAUUUAUGAGUUCUCCCCAGACCAAACGGGGAGGAGCAAGGAGUCUGGAUGGGUGGAAAAUGAAAUAUAUGGUUAUUAGGACACAUAAAAAAACGAAUCUGACAAGAAUGGAAAAGAAAUGACAUGCAAAAUUCUCUUAUUUUCUGUGAGAAAAAUAUGCAGAAAGUCUAUGAACAAGCUUAGAUCAGGUCCUGUGGUUGAGCAUGUGGCCCCCAUGACCUCCUGUUGGACCCCCAUGUUUUUGCUGUAUCCUUUAUCCCAGGCAGUCAUCCAGCUCGACCUCAUAAGAAGGAAACUUGCCCAGGUCUGACACAUAGUAUAGUCUCAAUAAAUGUCACUUGAUGAUUGGUUGUAUCUAACUUUUAAGGGACAGUGCUUUACCUGGCAGUGAUAAAGAUGGGCUGUGGGGCUUGGAAAACCACCUGUACGUUCUGUUUUCCUCGCUUUAUACAGCAGCACAUAUCAUCACACAGACAGAAAAUACAGAAUCUUUUCAAAGCCCACGUAUGGUAGCACAGGCUGGCUGGCACAUCAGCAAUUCUCAUAUCUGUUUUUUUCAAGGAAUAAAAUCAAAUAAAGAGCAGGAAA